AUGUCUGUUGAUCCGAUGACCUAUGAGGCCCAGUUCUUUGGCUUCACACCGCAAACUUGCAUGCUUAGGAUCUACAUUGCAUUUCAAGACUACCUAUUUGAAGUGAUGCAGGCUGUUGAACAGGUUAUUCUGAAGAAGUUGGAUGGCAUCCCAGACUGUGCGAUUAGCCCAGUCCAGAUUCGUAAGUGCACGGAAAAGUUUCUUUGCUUCAUGAAAGGACGUUUUGAUAACCUUUUUGGCAAAAUGGAGCAGCUGUUUUUACAGUUGAUCUUGCGUAUUCCCCCAAACGUCUUGCUUCCGGAAGAUAAAUCUCAGGAGACGCAUCCUUGUAGUGAGGAAGAAUUCCAGCUUCUCCAAAAAGAAAUUGAACAGUUACAGGAGAAGUAUAAGACUGAAUUAUGCACUAAGCAGGCCCUUCUUGCAGAAUUAGAAGAGCAAAAAAUUGUUCAGGCCAAACUCAAACAGACAUUGUCUUUGUUUGAUGAGCUUGAAAAUGUUGGCAGAGACCAUGGGACUAGUGAUUUUAGGGAGAGCUUGCUGUUCCUGGUCCAGAACUCCAGAAAACUACAGAAUAUUAGAGACAAUGUGGAAAAGGAAGGCAAAAGACUGAAAAUAUCUUAAUGUCUAAAUAAUAA